UCCAUGCAGACUCGUAACACACACCAGCUGUGUUAAAUCGACAUUUGAUCACACUUUCGUUUUACUCUGUAGAAUCGUUUUACGCGGAGGUGCACCGGCGCGCACAAGAGCAGUACACCGACAUGUCACAUCCUUCUGCCGCCCGCUCCGUACACUUAUGGUUUGAUUUACCAAAGAACGUAGAAUGUGUCUGCAAUGAGGUCCGUGUUACUGACUCUCAAAAAGGAACGUAUUUCUGCGUCAUCGGAUUCAGUCGAGGAUACAGCGGAAUCCAAGAACUGUAUGACGGACGGAAGAUGGCGAUCUUUUCUGUUUGGGACAGCCAAACGAAUGACGACCCCUCAAAGGACAAGAGAGUGCAGGUUACAUAUAGUGGCGAAGGAGUCGAAGUUUCUCGAUUUGGAAAUGAGGGAACGGGGGGUAAAUCCAUGAUGCCUUGGGAAUGGGAAGUCGACGAACCUGUGCAAUUCAAACUGGAAGCCAAGAAAGUUGAUGAUCUGUGGACGGCGUAUGCUUGCUAUAUUAAAAACAGUGCUUCAGAGUGGUUUCACAUGGCAACAAUGAAAACUAUUACCGACGGUGAGUUGCUGAAUGGUGUAUAUUCCUUUGUUGAAGAUUUCCGGCGAGAUGGUGCCAGUCAUUGCGAAAUCCGUUCUGCAAAGUUUGGGGACUGUUGCUAUAUGCAGCAAGACUGUCACGCAAAAUGCAAUCAAGCAAGAUUCACUGCAGACAACACGCCGACACUGAACAUCAACGCUGGCUUAUGUGGCAAUAAAUUUUAUCUAACUACUGGUGGCAGUACACAAAACACCAGCACACCGCUUAACGGUUUAAUCAAGUAUCCUGAAAAUGAAUGAGACAAUAGGACACAACACGACUAUGACAGAGGUGUUGGUGUUUUAGGAAUGGUAUGGGGAUUCUAUGAAAUAAUUAUAUACAUUGUGCAUACUCAUUGUGAAGGAACUAGAAACUUUAGUUACAUGUAUUAGAAGACAACACCACUUUGGUUUCUUCAAAAGAGUGUUAGUAUUUCUUGUUCAGGUUCUAUGAAAUAAUCUUCCUCAAAUACAAUACUUUAAUGUAACUUUUGAAAGUUUUAUUCCAUGUAUUAAAACAUUGUUUUUGGUGA